GAGGCAUUUUCUUUCUUCGCAUCGCUGGGAGGGAAGCAGAAGGUAGACGUGAGGAGGAGGAGGAAUGGCAGGAGCGGAGGCUGAGGCGGUGGACUUCGAGCCGGAGGAGGAUGACCUCAUGGACGAGGACGGCGCCAUGGACGCCGAUCCCUCUCCCGUCCCCCAGCCUAGGCUGCGUUCCACAGUCUACGCCUCGGGCGGCAGCGGCGGGGGCGGCCCCAAAAAAACCAAGGGCAGGGGUUUCCGCGAGGCCGAUGCCGAGAGGAACAAUCGCCUCGCUGCCCGAGACUUCGACUCCCUUGACUCCGACGGCGGCCCCGGUCCCCAGAGAUCUGUGGAGGGGUGGAUUGUUUUGGUUACUGGAGUUCAUGAAGAGGCCCAAGAAGAUGACUUACAUGCAAAAUUUGGUGACUGUGGAGAGAUCAAGAAUUUGCACCUCAAUCUUGAUCGCCGCACUGGUUUUGUUAAGGGCUAUGCAUUGAUAGAGUAUGAGAAUAUAGAGGAAGCACGGGCUGCUAUAGAAACCUUGAAUGGAACUGAGCUUCUCACGCAAACUAUAUCUGUUGAUUGGGCUUUCAGCAAUGGACCCUUCAGGCGCAGAAACAUGAGGAGGAGGUCUCCACGUGGGCACCGUUCUAGGAGCCCUCCUAGGAGAAGAUACUAAGCGUGUUGGUUUUCUUGGGGAUCUAUGGAGAACUUGGUGCUUGCGGCGUGUGCUUGUUGUAGCAACUGUUCCCUGCAUGGGAAUACACCCUGAUAUCUUGACUUUUUCAAUUGUAAGGUUGCUUGCGGAUGGAUUUAUUGGGCUUUAGUAUUUUCGUGCCUCUGUUCACUUUGAUUUUGUACUUUGGUUGAUGUGUAAUUAGCUCUUCUGGUUGUCACCAUUGAAGAGACGAAUGUGGUGAAUUUUAGGGAUCACAGUGGCUUGAGAAGGGAAUUAUGAGUGGCUAAGUUCAAUUUCAUGGUUAAUUUUUUC